CGAACCAGAAACAUCAAAGGUUGGAGGACCUAGACACGGAGAGUGAGCCUCAUUUAGAAGAUUUAGCAUUCAAUUAAAAAUUUUAAAAGUUUAAUUUCAUUAUUCGACAGUUUAAAUUUUUAAGAGUUUAAUUUUCCCCAAAUCUGCGUAAGUUCAUCAUUCGACAGUAACACCACAAAUUCUAAUUUUGAUUCCGCAGAAUGGGAAAAAAUAACGUCGUUUCUGAUGAUGAAGAUGAGAUUGAAUACGAAGAUGAUGAGAGGGAAGCUGUGGAAGCUGGGCCCGCCGAUGAUGACGAGGAUGAAGAAGACGAGGAAGGGCAAGAUGAGUAUGAGAAGGAUGAUUUUAUUGUGGAUGAUGUUGAAGAAGAAGACGGGGCUGACAGCGAUGAAGAAAGACACAGGAAGAAGAAGAAAAAGAAGAAAAGGGAAGCUGAGGAUGUCCUUGAUGAUGAAGAUUACGAGCUUCUUCGGGACAACAAUGCCUUUCAUCACCGUCCAAAGGAUAGCAAAAAAUUUAAGCGGCUGAAGAAAGCGCAGAGGGAUACUGAUGACGAGCACUUUGGGCUUUCUGAUGAGGAGUUUGAUGGAAGUGGUAAGGGCGGGAGAACUGCUGAGGAGAGGGUUAAGCAUGAAUUAUUUGGCCAUGACGAAGGCGCACAUCUUGAGGAUAUCGCUGAAGAGGACGAGCGGGUAGAAGAGGACGAGGAUGAGGACAUUGGUGAUGAGGACGAGAUGGCGGAUUUUAUUGUGGAUGAAGAAGAAGUUGAUGAGAAUGGAGCUCCGAUUAGACGCAAGAAGUUGAAGAAAAAGAAAUCUCGGCAAGCAUUUGGAAUUGCCUCAUCUUCUUUGCAGGAAGCUCAUGAAUUAUUUGGGGAUGUUGAUGACUUGCUGCUUCGCCGGAAACAGGAGUUAGAAUCUAGUGAGUGGAAGGAAACAAGAUUGGAUAAGGAAUUUGAACCGACUAUACUUUCUGAGAAAUACAUGACUGAGAAAGAUGAGCAAAUCCGGGUGAUUGAUAUUCCAGAAAGAAUGCAGAUAUCUGAAGAAAGCACUGGUUCCCCUCCAACUGAUACUAUCAGUUUAUCAAAUGAGUGCAACUGGAUACUUAAUCAACUUGCGAGUGGUGUAGUGCCAUUGUUUCAAGAAAGGGGAUCCAGUAAUGAAGGAAAGCAUGUGCCUUUAGAUAGGGAUGACAUCUGCCGGUUUUUGGAAUUUCGCCAUUUUCAUAAGUUAGAUGUCCCAUUCAUUGCUAUGUAUCGAAAGGAGGAAUGUUUAAGCUUGCUGAAAGAUCCAGAACAACAUGAAGCUGAUGAUGAUAGUUAUGAUAAGUCUGACAGACCACCUAUGCUCAAGUGGCAUAAGGUGCUUUGGGCAAUUCAUGACUUGGAUCGGAAGUGGUUACUUCUUCAAAAGCGAAAGACUGCUUUAAAGUCGUACUAUAAUAAAAGAUUUGAGGAAGAAUCUAGGCGGAUAUAUGAUGAAACAAGACUUGAUCUAAAUCAGCAGCUGUUUGAUUCUAUUCUUACGUCACUCAAGGCUGCAGAAUCAGAAAGAGAAGUUGAAGAUGUUGAUGCUAAGUUUAAUUUACAUUUCCCUCCAGGUGAGGCGGGUGUGGAUGAAGGUCAGUAUAAGAGGCCCAAAAGGAAAUCCCAAUAUAGUGUCUGCAGUAAGGCUGGACUAUGGGAAGUAGCAAACAAGUUUGGGUUCAGUGCUGAGCAACUUGGAAUGGCCUUGUCCUUAACAAAGAUGGGGAGCUUCGUGGAGAAUGCAAAAGAAACACCAGAGGAGAUGGCUUCAAAUUUUACAUGUGUGAUGUUUGAAAAUCCACAAGCUGUUCUUAAAGGAGCCAGACACAUGGCUGCAGUUGAGAUAAGUUGUGAGCCAAGUAUCAGGAAACAUGUACGUGCAAUGUAUGUGGAUAAUGCUGUUGUAUCAACAAGUCCAACACCAGAUGGAAAUUCUGCAAUCGAUAAUUUUCAUCAAUUUGCAAACGUGAAGUGGCUCAGGGAAAAGCCAGUGAACAUGUUUGAGGAUGCUCAAUGGUUGCUUAUCCAAAAGGCCGAAGAGGAGAAGCUUCUUCAAGUUACAUUUAAGCUUCCAGAGAAAAUAAUGAAUCAGUUGAUUCACGACUGCGAAGAACAUUAUCUUAGUGAUGGUGUUAGUAAAUCUGCUCAACUAUGGAAUGAGCAAAGGAGUCUGAUACUGAAGGAUGCAUUACAUAAUUUUCUGUUGCCUUCGAUGGAGAAAGAAGCAAGAUCCUUGUUGACGAGUAGAGCUAAAAAUUUGUUGUUGUGGGAGUAUGGGAAGGUUUUGUGGAAUAAAGUUUCUGUAGGUCCAUAUCAACGGAAAGACAAUGAUAUUUCUUCAGAUGAUGAAGCUGCUCCAAGGGUCAUGGCCUGCUGUUGGGGCCCUGGAAAGCCAGCCACCACUUUUGUGAUGUUAGAUUCAUCUGGCGAGGUGCUAGAUGUACUUUAUGCUGGCUCCCUUACAUUGCGAUCUCAAAACGUCAAUGACCAACAACAAAAGAAACGUGACCAGCAGCUUGUUCUGAAGUUCAUGACUGAUCACCAGCCACAUGUGGUUGUCCUAGGAGCUGUGAAUUUGUCUUGUACAAGGCUUAAGGAUGACAUUUACGAGAUCAUUUUUAAGAUGGUGGAGGAAAACCCUCGAGAUGUUGGACACGAGAUGGAUGAGUUGAGCAUUGUUUAUGGCGAUGAAGCUUUGCCUCGCCUUUAUGAGAAUUCUCGAAUUUCGUCUGACCAACUAGCUGGUCAGCCAGGCAUUGUUAGGCGAGCUGUUGCUCUUGGUCGUUAUCUGCAAAAUCCAUUGGCAAUGGUUGCAACACUUUGUGGACCGUCUAGAGAGAUUUUGUCUUGGAAACUCAGCCCUUUGGAGAAUUUUCUUAAUUCUGAUGAGAAAUAUGCAAUGGUGGAACAGGUUAUGGUAGAUGUCACUAACAAGGUGGGCCUUGAUGUUAACAUGGCUACUAGCCAUGAAUGGUUGUUUGCCCCAUUGCAGUUCAUUUCUGGACUUGGUCCCAGAAAGGCAGCAUCCUUGCAGAGGUCUUUGGUAAGGGCUGGAGCAAUUUUCACUCGGAAAGACUUUGUGACAGUCCAUGGACUUGGUAAAAAAGUUUUUGUAAAUGCAGUUGGUUUUUUGCGUGUCCGGCGUAGUGGGCUGGCAGCUAGCAGCAGCCAAUUUAUUGAUUUGUUGGAUGAUACUAGGAUACAUCCAGAAUCUUAUGUUUUAGCGCAGGAGAUGGCGAAAGAUGUUUAUGAGAUUGACAACGGUGAUGCAAAUGACGAUGAUGAAGCACUCGAGAUGGCAAUAGAACAUGUUAGAGACAGGCCUAAUUUAUUAAAAUCUCUUAAAAUUGAUGUUUAUGUCGUUGAUAAGAAGCGUGAAAAUAAGAAGGAGACUUUGAAGGAUAUAAAAGGGGAACUGAUACAGGGUUUUCAGGAUUGGCGCAAACAGUAUAAAGAACCUACCCAGGAUGAGGAGUUCUACAUGAUUUCAGGUGAAACUGAUGAAACCCUUGCUGAAGGGAGAAUAAUAGAGGUCACUGUUCGCAGAUUGCAAGGUGGAAAGGCAAUAUGUGCGCUGGAAUCAGGAUUAACUGGAAUACUCACGAAGGAAGACUAUGCAGAUGAUUGGCGGGAUAUACCUGAGCUGGCUGAGAGGCUGCAUGAAGGUGAUAUGCUAACCUGCAAGAUCAAAUCAAUUCAAAAAAAUAGGUAUCAGGUAUUCUUGGUAUGCAAGGAGGGUGAAAUGAGAAAUAACCGACAUCAGCAAGUCCGCAUUUUAGAUCCUUAUUACCAUGAAGAUCGAAGCAGCCUGCAGAGUGCGCAAGAAAAAGCUCGCAAAGAAAAGGAGUUAGCAAAGAAACACUUUAAGCCUAGGAUGAUUGUUCAUCCUCGCUUUCAGAAUAUAACAGCUGAUGAAGCAAUGGAGUUCUUAUCUGACAAGGAUCCUGGGGAAAGUAUAGUUCGUCCUAGUUCUCGAGGGCCAUCGUAUUUAACUUUAACUCUAAAAAUUUAUGAUGGAGUUUAUGCUCACAAGGAUAUUGUUGAAGGAGGAAAGGAACUCAAAGAUAUAACCAGUUUACUGCGUAUUGGGAAGACCCUGAAAAUUGGGGAGGACACUUUUGAGGAUUUGGACGAGCUAAUGGACCGCUAUGUUGACCCCUUGGUGGCUCAUCUUAAGUCGAUGCUAAGUUAUCGGAAGUUUAGAAGGGGAACCAAAGCAGAAGUUGACGAACAACUCAAGGUUGAGAAGUUGGACUACCCAACAAGAAUAGUUUAUUCUUUUGGCAUUGCACAUGAGCACCCUGGCACAUUUAUUCUGACUUAUAUUAGAAGCACAAAUCCGCAUCAUGAGUAUGUUGGUCUGUACCCCAAGGGAUUCAAGUUUCGGAAAAGGAUGUUUGUAGACAUCAAUCGCCUGGUAUCAUAUUUUCAGAGGCACAUUGAUGAUCCUGUACAUGAAUCAGGACCAUCAAUUAGAUCAGUUGCUGCCAUGGUACCAAUGCGAAGCCCAACAACUGGGGGCUCUUCAGGGGCAACUAUGGGUGGUGGCUGGGGUGGUUCCACAAAUGAAGGUGGUUGGAGAGGUCAAUCUUUUGACAGAGAUCGCUCCUCUAUUCAUGGUUCCAAGACAGGUCGAAACGAUUAUAGAAGUGGCAACAGUCGAGAAGGCCACCAAAGUGGAUUGCCAAGGCCUUAUGGCGGUAGAGGACAGGGUCGUGGCUCUUAUAAUAGCAAAGGAAAUAGCACUGGCAGUGAGAGGCAAGAUGGCAAUUCCAAAUGGGAUUCAGUAGCCAAAGAUGGUGAUUCUGGCUGGGGGAGUUUCCCUGGUGCCAAGGUCCAGAACUCUCCUGGCAGGGAAGCUUUUCCUGGUGGAUGGGGAACUGGUGGAAGUGGCAAUGGCAGUGGCAGUGUCAGUGGGGGUGGUGGGAAUUGGACUGGCGGUGGCUCUGACAAUGUAAAUUCUGGAUGGGGUAGUAAUUUUAAGAAAGCUUCCUCCGAGUCACGAGCUAAUAGUGGCGGCGGCGGCAGUGGUGGUGGUGGUUGGUGAAGUCACAGAUCUCACUGAUUUUUCUUUCCUGGCGCUUAUUGGGAGAUUGUUUGUGGCUAAAUAUGGAUUAGCGUAGGGAUAUGGUAAAAGCUGAAAACAAGGUUCGUUAUCUCGACCCUGUUAAUUUUGUGCCCUAUGUAAAUGUCGUGCUAUUAAAUCGAUGGUGCAUCUUUAGUCUUUAUGUUGGUGCUGCAAAUGAGACAACUCUUCCCUGACUGAUUUGAAUAUAUAAAGUCUUCUCGAGGCAAGUUACGACUGAUGAUUGGAGAGUUUUAAGAAGUAUAAACGCAUGGAAUAUUUGAAGUAGGGAUGUCUGUUAUUUAUUACCCUCCGGUGAGAGAAUGUUACUGAAAAAGGGAUGGAAAUCUGAUAUGUAGAUGCAAUUCUUCAGUUUGAACUUUUAAUGAUUUCUGUCGGUUGAAUUGACAUAUUUAUGAUCUAACCUUGUAAUGUUGGAAUCGAGGCUUACAAGCAUAAGGCUCGGUUAAUUUUUUAGGGAAACAUAGCAUGUAAAAUAGUAAUGUGGAUAAAGGCUGCAUUAAAUUUUGUGAUUUGAGUUUCAUUUUUAAAUAGGACAUGAAAUCAUAUAUCAAUGUUAAAAAUUUAGAAUUA